AUGCUCGGGGUGGCUCUACGCGAGGAUGACGGCGUUGAGUUUGCAACCGGACACCGACUGACUGAUCUCGACUAUGCCGAUGAUAUCGCCUUACUUGCUUUAAGUUUUGGUGGUCUGCAGUUUAUGGUGUCACGCGUGAACGAGGUCGUUAAAUCGGUCGGUUUAUCCAUAAACGCUGGGAAGACUAAAGUGCUUUCAAGCUGCAUCCCUGACCAGGAGAAGACACCUCUCGGGAUUGAUGGCUGUCGACUUGAAGAAGUAGACAGUUUUAAAUAUCUUGUGGUGAGACUGCUGCCUAGUGGACAGAGUAAGGCGGACAUUGUCUUCCGAAUUGAUGCUGCCCGCUGGGUUUUCUCCAACCUUCGGAAAUGCCGACUUGACCUCUCUAUCGUCACAAAGAUUUGCGUGUACCGUGCAUCUGUCCGGUCUGUCCUUCUCUACGAUUGUAAAUGCUGGGCUUUGCGCGUGGAGGACGAGCGAAAACUGGAGGUAUUUGAUCACCAUUGCCAGAGGACCAUCCUUCGAGUGAAGUUCACCGACUUCGUCUCAAAUGAGACAGUCCGCGCACGCUGCGACAACAUCUCAAGGAUAACUCAGGCCAUCCAAGAAAGACGACUGAGGCGGUUUGGGCCUUGUCCUCGUCGUCCACCUCAGGAGCUGAGUGUUACUGCCCUCGAUCCGGAAUCGUUGUCCCAUUGGAGGCGUCGAAGAGGGGGUCAGUUGAAAACCUAGCUCGACACAGUUCGUCAAGACAUGAAGGUUGUUCUUGGACCUUCGGUAUUCAGUCUCCGUCGUUAGCGAAGGGAAUGCGCUGAUCUGUCCAGAUCUGCUGCCGCGGAUCGUCAUGCGUGGAGAGGUACAGUUCGUGGCAUCAUCGAGGCCGGCUAGAUCAGGCAUGAUCGCAGCCGUAUCAAUUCAGGUCAAGUACAGUGAGUUAGGAUUACUGUCAAGGUUAGGGUUGGGGUUAGGGUCAAUGUUAGGCCUUCGGUUAUCUUUAGUGUUAGGGUUAGGGUUAGUGUCAGCAUUAAUUUUAGAGUUAAGGUGAUAAUUGCGGUUUGGGUUAUGGUUCGGAUUAAGGUUUGGAGUAGGGUUCGGUUUAGUGCUAAGUUUAUGGUUGGUUUGAGAUUUAUAUGCAGUUUUGCGGUUGGGUUAUUUAAAAGGUUUCGGUUAUCCUUUGUUGGUCUUGCUUGCCGCGGUUGGAGUGUUCCUCAGGUGCCACGCUUGCGUUGGCCUACCUUGUAGCUUUCCUUCCUACGUCUUCCUUAUCUUCCUCUGUUUGCGUUUACCUCUCCUCGGCCUCGGACGACUGGGUUUCCUGGAUGACAGUCAACUUGCGGUAGACUACAUACACGAUGUCUUAGCGGUUACGGCACUUCCCGCCAGAUACACUUGGCGAUUUUUUGUUUCCCAUUUACCUUCUGCUGUCCGGGCGAUGAACUGCAUUACCCUGCAUUUGCUCAGCGACACGCCAUACUCGUCAGCCACUGCGUCUUUCACUCACUCCCUUCUUCGGGUACCUCCAUCCGCCUUUUAAAUUCCAGCCCUUCUGUGCCAUCCCACAUUUGCAUUUGCUUUUGACCAUGCCGUUCCUCCGCCCAUAUACCUCGAUCCCCUGCCUGCGCUGCACCGCAGUUUAGUCUUGCGCUCGGAUUCCCUUCUAUUUUACAGUUUCAGUCUUCCCCCCUUUCUUUGCUCCUACAACAAGCUACAUCAACACCCACGCGACACGUUUUCUGUGACGCUCGCUUUCCAUUUUGUCAAUCUAACUCUAACCCACUGCCUUUUCGUUUACUUAUUUUCCGUUGGGGUGCAUUGGAAAAACAAAAGAUCAGACAUCAGAGACUUCGAGGAAAUUAUAACAUAUCCUUCCAGCCUUCUCGAGCGUCAGAUCACUUCCUUCAGAUAUAGUUCCGCUCCUUAGUGCUCUUCUUCUUCCCCACCUACUGCACUUAAAGGUGAAACCGUCCGUGCGUUGUUUGGAUUUCUGUACCCGCAUUGUCCUCCUGCAGCGACAGAUAAGGUUCCACGGCAGGAGUUUACUUUCCCGGAGAUAAGGGAUAAUCUCGGCUUAUUCAAAAAUUCGUUUCAAUUCAUCGUCUUUCGUACGUCUUCCUAUUGGCGGUCCCCUCCUUGCCGUAACAGCGGCUUCGGUCCUACAAUAUAAUAGGCGCAAUAAUUAGGAGCAAUUUAAUGCUGCUGAGUAAUUUGCUACAUCUACAGUACAUACCGCGACUUUGUUGUUAUUUUCGUCAAAAUAUUGUCAUUUUUACUAGAGUUCCAUAGUUUAGGUUUCACUUUCAAUUCCUUUCUGUUUAGAUUUUUUCCUUAUUUUCAUGAAAGUGGGCAAUUUUAUCAUUUUCUUACCUCACCAUCGCAUUUUUCAUGUUCUUUGUUGGCUCGCUGUUUGCUGCGCUCAUCUGGCAUCCAAUUCCUACGUCAUUAGCGUCCCAGGUCAUUUCCAUUGUUUCAUUCGGUUCAGUUUCAGUGACCCCCCCCCCCCCCAAUAACCGUCUAAUCAUGUCCUUUUUAGGCGUCCUUUGGUUUUUAGGUAACCUUACGCAUUUUUAAAACUAUAUGGCCGCUGCAUUACGAUUAGUGUAUUCAUUUAAACAACUGUGAUACUUUUUGGGUUAUGCUUUGGCAGACUAUCAUCAUUGGCCUAUUUUUCCACUGGCUUAUUCCUGCCCCACCCCUAAAAUUUCUAUUACCGCGCUUCCCGUAUUGCACGUGCCUACCUUUGCCUUUCCUGUUUAAAGAACAUCUUACGCUCUUCUAUGCCAUUAAAUAGAAAUUUCGCAAUGGAUUCAUACUGUGGUUUAUUUUUUUAAAGAAACAUUAGGUGGAUUUCAGGUAUGAUUCUGUCUGAAUGAACAUUUAACGGUCUUAAGACGUCUCAUAUUUACGAAUUUUCAGUGGUGAAAGAUACCUAAAUUUGAGCAUAAAAUUUCACGAGGACGCGAUUUGCUGGCAAACGAAUGCAAGAAAUGAUAUUCUUUGGCAUGUUUUCUAUAAAAUCUAUUUUAAUUUAUAAGGGCAUAAAGAUCGAUAGAAAAAUGUAUAUCACUUUAAUAGUCAUUUUUAAUGAGUACAGUUUUUGCAGGCUGCCGUGAAGAAGUGCAUUCAAAGGCCGACAUCCUGGCGUACCUGUAGUGCCUUGGGAUUACUCGGAAUUUUAAUCCUUAUUGAACUCAGCUUAAGUAAUGCCUCCUAAUCGGAAACGCAUUUCAGAAUUUCUGUUAGGAUUUCAUGCGAUUGGUCGCUGAGUGUGACGUGCUGCCUGUAAAAUGUAAGCUGGACUAAUUGCUCCGAGUGACCUCCGAAAGGAUACUAUGAAAUGCUUGGUAUGUGUUUCCAUUGCACCUAAGCUUUAACCUCCUGUGGGCUGGCCUAUCUCAGCGCUUGUAGAGGAGUAAGGUUCUUCGGAAAUUUAGUGACUGCACAAAAUCUCGAGGGCUUUACGCGUCAGGGUCUGAGACGCAGAGCUUUUGGCGAUCUCCCGAAAGCUUUUUCAAGCUAAACUACUUGAAUUUACGAGGACGUAUUUAACUAAUCGACUCUACGUGCAAUAAUCAUAGAAUAGUCCGUAGGCCUUUUUCCGGAGGUUCUUAGUUGAGUUCUAAACAAGGACUUUGGCUUAUUUUGCUGUGUACGGUAGGCUUUUAAUCAAGGGUGCCGUGAGUAUUUUUUACCGGAACUGGGAAGCGUUCUUGCCGCUUUAAGCGUUCCGAUUUAAAGAUGUAUAUUUCUUGAGGUCUCAGAAAAUUAUCAUGCAUGACUCCAGGAUGCGGGCUUUCCUUGUCUUGCUUUAGCGUCUGAUUUCCCUGACCGUAGGUCCUUGAUAGUGCUCGCGUGGUUGUAUUGCCUCUUAUGAGUGACAGCCAGCUGUUCCUUCUAUGAGGGAAGCAAAUAGCGGUACUAAAGUGCACAAUGGCUGUUCUUUAUCCUUUUUUUAUUUGUUUACAGCCUUGUGUGCCAUGAUUUUGUGACAGUUGUACACUCAUGCUCAUAUAGACGCAGUCCCAGCUAGUUGUUAUUGUUGAAAGGCCAACCACUUUUAGUCUAGGUGUUUUUCACUUUUUCCCGGCAGACUGAUGCUGUUCCACCAGAGUUGCCAGCUUCUGCUCCUCCCAACCACUACGUCUGCGCCGACUGGGGCGUUGCAACACCGUCAGCGAAGAUGACCUCUAGCAGCAAUUUAACAGCUCGUCUGGAAUCCUAUGUCUUGGUUCCGGUGCUGCGACAUCGUCGCUGGAUUAACUUGCCUCCAUCGACAGACCGGACUGCCUCCGGCAUGGAAGUGGUUCCAUCCGGAGGGAGGGUCCUGUACGUCGGUCCGGCUGGUUCAAGCCCCUUUCACCCGAAAGCAACUACGACACCGCGGUCACAUCUGAGGUCGCGACCUGUCGGGGCAGACGGGGAAGUACUGGCGGAAAACCAGGACGAUUGUGUCUGUCUUCAGAUGGAUAUUCUCCUGCCGGAGAGUAGAACGGCCAAGCUGACGGUGCGCUUUGGGUGAGGGUAGUCACCUGUUUGAAUAAAAAUAAGACCACAGACUACGUAAACUUCCGCGAUAGUCCAUGAUGACAAAACUGUUGAGCUCAACCGACACGCCCGGCCCAGUUAUGGGGGUUGGGCUAGUACAUGUGGUGGGUGGCUUUAUGAAGAGUCAGCCGUUGGCCUACUUUUGAAACCCGCGCCCGUGAGAGAGGGGGGGGGUAGUGUGAGACUGACUCUGCGCAACGUUUCCCCACUGCACUAAGUCGGACGCGCAUUCGAGAUAUUAACCAGACUUCUAAAGUUGCCAGUUCAUGAGGUAGCUAUGGUCUACCAGCGAGCUUCUAAAUGUCCCCUAUGGAGGCUCACACCUGCAUGGCAUCCUAGUAAGUAAAGUCCCACUGAUGUCGACUGAGGGAUCAGCACCUACGCGACACGCGAGAGACGAGGACGCAUACCUAGUCAGUCACUGUGCCGAUCUCCCCUGCCAUCUGCACUUAAUUGUUAUAUUUAUACACAAUCGAUGUGACAACUGAUAUGCGCCCCGGGGAGGUGUGCCAGUUCGGGUCGAUUUUGGUGGACACGGCCUGAUCGGAAUCACAUCGCUAACCUGCGCUCUCUCCCCAUGCAUAGAUCUGGCUAGCCCGCAGGUGGUGCCGCCAUGAAUGCAAAGUUUUCUCCGAUUAAAUCUUAUAUGAGCUCGUUCCUAUCUUCGAGGUGGAGCUGUGAUGCGAUCGGACUUCCAGCAUAUCUACACUCUUCGUGGGUCCCGUCUCGCUUUAACUUCUGUCGCCUGUUGGAUUUAGUGAAUUGCACCUUGUUGGUAAUUAUUGUUCAGGGGGGGGUGGUACUGUUGCACAUAUAUCAAUAAUUCUUUGAGGGGAGGAUAACAAACGCUUUUGCCGCCUAGGGAGAUUGCCGUGUACCGAGAAACUCCCGAAACAACGAAUUUUCCGUCAGGUAGAACGUAAGUUACUCAAUGAAGUUGCAUCUAUAGUAAAUGCGCCAGUUAGCACAUCAUGUCACUCCGGCUUUUCGUUCAAAAUAUUUCUAGCAGCUUGCUGUGAUCAUACUUGCAAAAGGAUCACCACUUUUGGCCUUGCGGUGUUUACAUGAAACCAAUCGUUUUUUUUGUUUAAAAAUGUCAAACACUAUGUUUUUCGAUCGUUUUAUUAUACUAGAUCUCACUGUUGGGCAACAUUUGAAAGCGUAGCAUGACUUGAUUUCGCAUAACUCGGGAAAUCAUUGUUAGAACACAGUGUAUGCUUCACACAUUCAAAAAUUCUCUGAUGCUACUUUAUGUGAGUCACUAUGCGGUUUUUGCGCUUGAGGCCAUACUUUAUUCGUACGCACAAUGGUGGCAUCUUCACGAAACCCUCGAGCUCAUCAUUCGUCAUGCUCUUGAACAAAACCACUAAGUUUCAGGUUUAUUUUCCAACGGCGCAGCACUUCCCCCUAACUACGCUCUAACUAAUUCCUUCUUCAUUUUGCUCAUCCGCAUCUUUAUUUCUCCGUUUUUUCUCUCAAAAGGCAGUUUUUUGACUUGCUGAGCGGCGCAUACCAAACUAGCGGACAAGCUUGCUUAAGCCAAAAUAUUGUUAGGCAGUGAGUGGUUUCACUUUUCGGUGCGUUUUAUCAUUCUCUGGGUGCUUAUAGGCCACUUGUGUUUUGGAUCCGGGUCAAGGUAAUUGACAAGUUUCGCUUAGUUUCACCACCAUCCCCCCUAAAAAUAACGCUUAAGUCACCAGUACUGGGACCUUGCCAGAAAUCGAGGUUGGGUACCUGCGCUGAAAGUGACCAGAAGACCGCAAUAAUGAACAUUUUCUGCUUAAAGACAUCAUGCCCGAGGCAGACUGAACGACGCCUUAUCAGGGAAUUAUAUGUGGACACUAAACUUCUCUGUAGACGGUUUUCGUUGUGAUUUCUGCCUAAUGAGACUUGACCGUGCGCAUCCACUAAUGAACGCACCGAUGGAACAGUUGUCAACCCACGCAUCCCAUGCUUAUUUUCUGCUACCCGUUGCAUUGAGCUGGUGAGGGAUAUCUAGGGGUUUGCGACGCCCUACACAAGAAAUCAAAACGGGUCCAAGGUGCACAACGCGUUAUGGGGUCCCGAAUCAUUAAACCAAAGUGAAGGUCAACUUUGACGCUGCGGUCACCUAAUACUAUGGUGAGCACUGAUUUCUUCUAAGCUUUAUCGUUUACUCCAAGACCAAACCAACCCUACUUUUUCUUCUAAGAUCCCUGUUGCAUUCAAAGAUAUGUGAUUUGUCGUUUGCUCGUGCGAACAACAGGACACACUGCCGUUUUCUCCUUAUCUGUCUUUUCGAGGAAAUGUCUUUCCAGUUACCCUGACUGACAACUUUUCUCUACCUGUCCCUCCACCCUCACCAGACCGAUUUCUCAAAGCGUUGCUCUGCCGUGGCUAGAAGGCACGUGGCGUCCCGACGAACGUAAAAUCACUGCCACCACCACCACCACCUCAAUGUUUGCUUCUCUCGUAGCCGGUAUAAUUUGGCCUUUCGCCUUUGGUACUGGCGAGUCUGUUCGGUCCAGUACAACCGACCACCAGCUUCCCCAUCCGCCUGCCAAUCAGUGGCUCCACCUUCGGCUUCCAAUCACUACCCGUCUCUUUCCCACAGCCUUUGACACCACCGAGGUCAAUACUCCUCCACCCACUCCAACAGCCUUUUCUCUGCACGGUGUUGCGGGUGUUUGUCUGGACGAUGUGGCCCUUUUGGCCACUAAGUCUGCAGACUGUCCUCGAAGUCUCACCUGGACUAUCGCCUCGUCGGACAACAGUUCGACCAAUGAAAUACUGUUUUUCAACGAUCAUGGUCAGCCACUCAGACGUGCUUCCCCCUCCCUUUCCUCCGGUCAGCAACGGCAGUCUGGAUCUGUCGGGGACCGCGUGGUUGGUGGUGGUGAGGCCACUGUUCAUGUCUAUGGCUCCACAUCAAGGCGUCGGGGCCUCUUGGAACACCUCCUCAAUGGUGCUUUCCUAUUCGGUAUCCUCUUGGCUCUGAUAGUCAUUUUUGUCACUGUGGGCUUGGCUGUGGCAGUGGCCUGUGGCAAAAGAGCAUCUCGUAAUGCAGUUGACUCACUCCGGAAAAAGAAGACCACCUUUCUGCGCGAAACGACCGUACUUCGCUCCCCCUCUGUCUGCUCUAUGCCCACCUUUGCAAUUUCUCCGAUAGACCUUCCGCUGGGUUCGGGUGAGCAGACUCGCAGCGAAGUCUGCUACGACCGUUCAUUGUCACUAGACAGUACAAUCUGCUCCUCCUCCGUCGAAAACGGCCUCUUACUUGAUGAGGUGACCGCUUACUGCGUUCUUUUUACACUAGCCGUAGUAUUUUUGGUCAGGGUGUGCUUGUUGAAUUUGCAACGGCGAGUCAGUCUCGCAGAGCAGGUUAUAAGGUCCGCAUACCGAACCUGCAGCUAGUUGUUUACUAAUUUUUUAACAACUCGUUCACUCCGGUUGCCUGGCGUUUGCAUUUCUCGUGUCCUCAAUGUCAGCGGCGAGGUUUGCACGAACCCGACUCCCCCAGGGGUUUCGAGAGUUUGCCAGGGAGUUCUGGCAGUAAUGACAGUGCUCAUGGUGUGUUUUUGUUCCUUGGCAAGAAAACAUCUCUGUGGGUGACUAGCCUAGGUGACGCCCUCAUCUACGGCCUCCAGAGGCUGUUAUCUCUUCAUUCAGUCCUACCUCAAUAUCCGCUUCGACUGGUGGGCUGAACCAGUUGAGGAUACCCACUGUGGUGUCCUUCGGUAGCGCGAAACCGGCAGCAUUUGAGGCACUUGUUGAGCAGGAACGCCAUCGCGUAUGUCCUCCCAACCGAUGGAGCCGAUCGGUCGAUGCGGAUGACACCCCAAACGGCCCGCGCCCAUUUGGCGCUAGACAAUGGAAAUCCGAGCGUAUUACUUGAUACCCAAUGGCCAGUUGGUUGGCAUGCGAAACCCUGGUUGCCUAAACCAGGUGGCUGACGGUGGUUGAUACUGGUAGUCCUACUACUUUCCCUUGAGUUAUGGCGUCCAAGCAUCGCGUUUACACUGCCAUCGAUUUCUGGAAGUAUUAUUAAUAAAGAAUUGGGACAUCUGACAGACCAUUUCUUGUAUUUUCGCCGUCGUUGGUCGAUGAUAAACCAGCUGAAGGUACUAGCGCACCCACGGUUAAAACCCGGGUCAAACGCUUUUGCCACUUGAACUGGCGGCCGUAAGCUGUGUUGACUGCGGCAGAAUAUGCAGCGUCAUUUGAGAGUGGAGUCCACGUGUCUGUCCUGAUGGCAGAGGGGAGUGGAUAUUUCCGUUUGACUUUAAAGACCAAAGCAUCGAAUCCUCCUGGACUGUCGUGUAGCAACAAGUAAUCAUUGUUAAAAAAACUUUUCUAACAAAGACUGGGACGCUGGAAUGACUUAUUCGCUAUCAACAAUCAGCGAUAGCCCAAGCGCAGGCAAUUAUGCAUCCGUGGUUUUAACCUGGGUUUAAGUGAAACACCAGUCGUUAUGCGACCGCUUGUGUGGUUUACGGACUCUGAGCAACGGGGUCAUAUCGGAACUGCCAUUUCCAUUAGAUAUGACAGGUAGUGGAGGACACUUUCAUGUAAUAUUAGUACUGGUACUCGCAGCUUAUGGUGAAGGCAUUUUAGGGCAAUUUUAUUGCAACAACUGAAAUCUCUUUGGAGAUGAAUGUUCGACUUUCAGGUGUAUAUAUGAGUAAGGAAGAAGAUUGACCCAACAUCGAAACAUGUUCUCUAUGCACGAUAUACCAUACUUGACAGCACAGGUACUGGUACUGGUUUUGCAGCUCAUCGGUGUCUUCCAGCUCUUCCCUUUGCUCUUCAGGUAGAUACUUCAGUUUCUGAGCUUUGGAACUUUGCAGGGGUUCGUUGUCAGAGACGGCAGCAGCAACAACUACACAGGCGAUAAUUAUAGGGGUGUUAGCCGCUAAUGAGCUAGCGCCCCUAUAAUCGUCGCUUGUGCUGUUGAUGCUGCCACCUCUGACGAUGGACUCUUGCGCGAGUUCAACAGCUUAGAAUAAUAAAAAAAAUGUCCUGGUUCUCGAUCAGUCUUCUUCCUUACCCAUGAAACCUGCAUGCUUAAUUACUUGUCGCCCUGAUACGUAUCGUACUUGUGCACAGCUUCUUGCUUCAAAAGUUUUCGUUUGCCCAUCUUCGCCCUACCCUUGUUUUUAUCCUAUUCUUUUGUUCCGUGCAUUUUCCAGGACUCCCGAUUGCCAGCAUUUCGGGUGUCGUCCGAGGAAACCAGUCUUCUGGAUUGCCGCAGUCAACUCCGUAUGCCCAGUUCGUCUAGUGUGAUGAUAAACAAACGUCGUUCUCGUCGCAAUGCUCCACCCCUUACCGGACAUUCGCACUAUCUAUUCCAGUCGAAGCCGGCGAUUGAACCCGCGAAACGUCGGCGUCCCAACUCCUCCGUUGACUGUAAUCCCGCUUUGCCUCCCAACCCACAACCCGGCGCUCGCCUCUCUCUCUUGCUUUCGAUCAACGAAGACAGUGAAUUGGUUCUUGUGCCGCAGGCUUACAAUCCCUCCAACCCUACGGUAGUUUUUCUUACUUAGUCUGUGCUAACAUUCGUAUAGACUUGUCCAACUCGUGGGACUUUGGAUAGAGUAGAUGUGCUAUCUCAUCAGAUGUUAGCCGAGAUUCCGAAAUGUGUUUUCGAUUCUCUAGAAUCGAUUGCUUAAACAGCAUCGUACUGUUGGUAAUCAUACAGCAUAAUCCUGAGAUAUUUUAGUCACGCCAGCUUUCCGGGCUUUUCAGUGAGCUUAUUUCCGGUCGUCUGCGAAAAUUACGUUUGGCUACGUUUGGUGGCUGCUUGAGUAGCAUGAAUCUUCCCCAUUAAUUUUCGAUGUCCCUAUAAAUACCAAUAUAUUUCACAAAAAGUAUGCACAAAAGUGUCCUUUUUUGCACCCAGUUAGUAGCAAACUACGUCUGCUUGGAGUUUUGUCCUCAAAGAAGGGGUAUCUUUCAACUUUAAAAGUUUCCAAUUUUUAUGACCGUGGAAUGUCUAUUCAUACAGCAUCGCACGAGCACGUUUGUUGAGACCACUUAUAAAGCAUACUACUUGUUCCACGUACAUUGCACAAUUUUAACGAGUGAUAUAUAACUUCAUUCUAAAAACGUAAGGAAAUAUAUGAUAUUCCUCCAACGGAAUACGUACAGCAUGUAGUUCGAAAACCCUGAAUGCAAGUUUAGCGACAGGUGGGGCAAAACAUUAUUCAGAAAUCGAAAAGUCUAAAAGACUGGAAGAUGCUAUCUCCUCAAGUAGAAACUUUGAAGAAGACGUAAUUUGCUGCCAAGUGAGUGCGAGAAAAAAUAGUUCUACACAUGUUUUCCAUAAAAUAUAAUUGAAUUUAUGCGGGGAUCGAAAAUCAAUGGGAGAAAUUCAUCCGACACAAGUACAGUGGAUGUCCUCUCUCAUGAAAUGUUGACCGAAAUUUUGAAGUGCAUUUUUGAUUCGUAAAGUUAACUUGCGUAGGGUUGCAAUCUUGAUCGCCAUGCAGCAUAAUCCCAGGAUAUUUCAAGCACAUCGGGAUGUUGGCUUUUUUAUAGGCUCCUUUACGACUGUCUGCGAAAACUACGUUCUGAAAAAUGGACUACUUUAUUAGUAGACGUUGUACUCAUUUAUUUUCGAUGCCCUUGUCGAUUCACAUAUAUUUCAUAGAAAACACACCCAAACUAAUCGUUCUUUUACCCACUUUGUAUCAAAUGACAUAUUCUUUAAAUUUUAUACUUGAAGGAAAAGUAUAGUUCGGUUUUAAAAAACUUUUCCAGUUCCCCAAUAAUUUUGAACCCGGCCCGCCGCCACACUGCAUUCAGAGUUUUCGAACUAGAAGCUGCAUAAGAAAGAUCACACAUUUUUACACAUUACUAAGAAGAUGCCAUAUGGCAUUUAUACAAUUUUGUAGGGGAUUUGAACUAUACCGUAUAUUUCACAAAUAAAAUUAAUAAAUUUGGAUACCUGCGACUGUCUCAGAUGAUGGGUUCGAGUAAGAAUCCGAAACGUCAGGCCUUCUGAACUGCUUCCCGGAACUCGCCUGUUCGCUUCUAUUAGAGAACGAAUGUAUUUGUUCACGCUUUCUAUAAAAUAUAUUUGAGUUUAUAAGGGCAGAGAAAAUCAACAGGGAAAAUUCCUGCUAAUUAAGUGGUCAUUUCUCACGGAGCGUGGUUUUUCCUGGCGGCCAGAAAUAACUCGUUCAAGACCCGCCAUUCUGGCGCAACUGAUAUAUCUUAAGGUAAUGCUGUACGGUAGUCAAGAUUAACAUCCAAUGUAAGGAACCAUUUUUGGUCAAAAACACAUUUCAGAAUUUCGGUUAACAUUUCAUGAGAUAGCAAAUCUACUGUUUCUGUUUCUACUAUUUCUAACGAUGGUUUCCUGCACGAGUUCGAAAGCUCAGAACAAUAAACAAAGUUUUCCGGUGCCCGAAUCCCCUUCUCCUUUACAUCUACUGUAGGUUUUUUUCUACAGGGUGUCGUUUUUACGGACUGCCGAAGACAAGUUCAUUCAAAAACCCACAUCCUAGCAUGACUGGAAUAUCUUUUCAGAUCUAAAACAUGUUUUAGAAUGUCGGCUAACAUUUCAUGAGAUAGCACACCUAUUUCAGUUCCUUCCACUUAUUCUUUGGCUUCCAUACUGGUUGCUUUUGCCAGUUUACCGUGGCCGAAUAGUAUAGGACGCUCGGGUGUGCGCUAGUACGUUCAGCCGGUAGAGUUGCGGGCCGGGAAAUGGCUAGGGCGAAACUGUCACAUUUUUGUUAGAUCUGUUCCUUAAGGCAUACAUAUCACGUGAUGGUGGCGUCUACUAUUCAUCCCGAAUACUGGAUGCAAUACGAGCUAUUCCAUGUUGUCUUAGACCUCUUCAGUCCCAUUUCGUCGAAGGCAGUCGAGAAAUCUAGCCGACGAAAAUAAGGCUUAUUUUUUGUUAUUGGCAAACCAUUCUCUAAGUCCUGAGAUACCUAAGAUUUGGACCUGGAUGAAAUGGUCUUCGAGCAUCUGUGUGAAAACUUCACAAGCCGGAUUAGCGGGCUCGCCGUCGGCUGCAGUCGAGAAUGCCCAUUUCGUUCUUUGUCCGUAGUCACGAUUCAAUGGUAAAGUCAACCCUGGUUACUGAUGAUUUCAUGUCAAAAAACACUCCUACGCCUGCGGGUCCAUCGCGCCAGGAACCCAGGCAGAGACUCAUCAGUUUUACUUCUCCGAUCGUCACUGCCCUUGCACAAUGCGGUGUCAAGUAGACCGGUUCAGCCAAAUCCACAUAAAUGUGAACAAUCAUUAAAAAUGUCUUAGAGUUGCGAAAAUUCCCAUAGCAGUAAUCACUAGACGAAGUGGCGAGCAUACAAUGACUACUAUAAUCCCCCCCUCCCCCGCCACAUUCCCACACUCCGCUUGUGUUUUAAGGAGAACUUUUAUCGAUUUCUCCUAUCGCUGACAUGUUUUACUUCUACCCCGUUCCUGUAUAACUGUACUGGCUCGACAAGAAUUUAUCGAAAGCUAUGUGUGCUCGCCACCUCGUCUUCUAAUCAUUAAAACAUUACUCGCCACUUUCAGGAUACUUGUGUGAUUAAAUUGGCCAACGUAGUUAAUGAUGCAUGAUUUUGGGAUCCUUCUCCACUUAGCCUCUAUGGUGCACUAGUGCAUGCGAGAUCUGAGCUGAGUACCUUCUGCGGUAAUACCCGGUCGUUUGCGACACCUGCUGACGGCCUGCUUAGCUCUGCGCCCAAUCCGCGCAUCGAACGACUGACCGGUUCGUACAUUGUAUUUCGCCCUACAAUGAGCUAUGCCGCAGUUGCACUGGACCAAAACGGGGACCAGAUCGGCGUACGGCACGCAUUAUUUGGGCUGCGCACCCGCAAUAAAUUCCAAACAUAGGAGGGUGUGUGGUGACACCUAGGCGUAGGCUCACGGUGCGCUAACCACCUGCACCCAAUCCCCGUCUCAGAUGCCUGACCAGUCCGGGCAGUGGACCGGUUCUUGAGUGAGAUUUGAGUGAGUUCGACUCCGUCCCCACGCUACCCAGUACAUAUUCCCUACUAUUAAUGUUCUGACGCGCUGUACUCUUCCACGGUGCUCUAACAUCCGGGGCUUGGAAGUUUGCCAACUAGCCUCUGUGGCAUUCCUAUUUAGUUGGGAUCCGAACUGACCCUCGCCUUGUUGUGUGGAAACCCGGUCUAUUGGGCGCGGACCAGGUCGCGUGGGUGGCACGCGUAGACGGGUUGUUUGAUUUUGUCAACCAAUGCACCCUCUCCCGCCUCCGGUUUUUUUUGACUAUGUCUUGACACCGGACCCAGCUGAGUAAAGGGAGGAGAGAGUCCAAUGGAUGCAGCACAAGUCUACUAUCAUUAUAAGUUACUGCUCCUACGCGCAACUUGCUGUGGGUCACACUGUGGGCAUCGUCCGCGACGUCUGAGCUGUUGCGGUUGUAGAACGCGUUAGACGGAGGCUUCACGCGCUACAUCAGCGCCACUGAAUACCCGUGCUUUUACUUUCCUGUAUUGUGAGGUACUUAAAACAGUGCUCUUGGUUGCUUGUUCAUUUGUACAUUUCGUCCCUGCCUCCAGCUGUUCUCGGUAUAAACCGGGUCCUUUGUUAGUUUAAAAUGGACUUUUUAAUUAUUGCCCAUAAUAUUCGGCCACUGUCAGCUGCAUCUACCUUUUAAGAAUAUUAUUUACCCUGGCGAUUUCUUUUGAUAUGUUUGCAGUCUUCGGCUGAUGGCGCGAUACACCCAGAAACUGUUACUGGGCAGAACGCCAUUGCGUCGACGACUACCACUCUCCCCUCGGAGGUACCGGCCAUUGACAGUGUAAACGCUCACACCACCGCCGUNGUGUAUAGCUAUCCAAGGUUUGCUGUGGUUUACGUAUCUUCAUUCCACAUCCUGAUCGCUUGUCACACUUCCCACGCAUUGUCCCUUCGAAAGAAUAGUCGAGCCGUGAGGUAAACAGUAUUCCAAUCCCAUUGCCUGGUCCUACCCUGUGGUAGACUCAGUUAGUCAGGGGGUAGGAAACGGAUAUGUGUAACCACCUGAGCUAUGUUUCUACGAAGCGCAUUUAUAUUUAAGAGUACGUCUUCUCUCCACAGGUUAGCGAAGAAGUAGCACAGAUCUCGCGAGUAUGCGGCUUGAAGAAAUCAUGAGCUGCUGCCUGAUGAGUGCAGGAAGAAACAAUUUAUGCCUUUCUUCUGGAAAAUAUACUUGCAUUUAUAAGGACAUUGAAGGUCGAUAGAAAAAGUACACACUAAUAAGCUAGUCACUUCGUAGAGCGCAGUUUUUACAGUUGGCCGAAAAUGAGGUCAUUCAAACGCCAGCAGCCCGACCACUCCGAAAUAUUAUGGGAUUAUGUUGUCCGACAGUCGACAUCGAAAACUCACUUAAGUAAUCUUUCCCAGAUCGGAAGAGCACUUCAGAAUCCGGACUAAAAUUUCAUGAGAUCGGUUGCCAACCAUAUAUCUAUAUGUUACACGCUGCGUGUUGGUGGAAUGCCUGCAUUAUGUGCAUACUUCGCCAAGGCUGGUGGAUUUCAGGUCAGGCAUACAAUCCGGGCCAGGUGGGACUGAAGGAAAAUUACCCAAAGCUGUUUGAAGUAAGUAACCGAGACAUAAACACACUAACGUCAUAGUUAACCUAUGGGUAACGAAAAGUGGUGAGCUAUAGAGUUUCCAAUAAACUUGCUAUCCCUCAGCAUCGAGCACCUACAGCGAUGUCAACUUCAAAGAGGGCUUUGGAGAAUUUACUCUCACACAGUCAGUGUGAUGGAUUUCGCUGUCCCGUCGAUGAUAUUCUUAACAAUAAAUCAGUCAGGAUACUCCUUCUUGAGAAGCAGGUUAUGGAUCUCUAUAAUGUCCUUAACGAUGCUGUCUGCCGAACAAACUGUUCCAGCCCUUUUCGUAAACAAACGGACUAGGUUGCUUAUCUGUUGAAGGGGUGCGAAAUUUCUGAAGCUCAUAUACUGUCCGGGCCAUGUUUUACCCCGAUAGACAUAGACAUAGCGAUCUUAGUAACUUAAACCACUGAUCUGGCAUACGGAUCUACAAUUUCUCCAGUUUGACCAGGAGGAGAGCUUAUAUCAGCGAAGUCUAUUUGUGUAUGUAGUUGGGUGUUAAAAAGGAACUGUACAUUUAACGUGCAUUUGUAUAAUUUUCAUUGGGUGCGUUCGUCGGUAUUCCGAUUGGCCGAUAGUAAUUCGCAAGUGCAAUCGACUAUCUCGGUGACCAGGACGUUUUUGUGAAGACUGAUGAGACGUCUAGCGAGAACCUAGCCAUUCUGCUCACAUUCAAGUACUUGACGUCAAAGAAUUCGAAGGUAUACCGAUACCUACGUGGUGCUAGCUUAUGCCGUAUGGCUUGAGUUUAUCUGCCUACCACUUCACUAUCGCAUGAUGCGGACACAUGUGACACUAGUUUUUCUGUCUUCACACGAGUGUUUUCCGCAUAAUCUGAGGAUCAAUGUCGCCUUAGUAACCGACACCUAGUCUCUCCCCUGGAAUUCUUGACAUUUGUCUGCCUUUCUACUUAAUUUCUUAAGUAGGCCGGGAUGCUGACUAAUUAUGUCGUGUAUGCAUUGUUUGAAAACCAAACAGUCCAAACUUGGACCGUGCCUGAAAAGGCCCGUUUCGAAGGACUUACUCCAAGUUCGCGCAUUAAUUUCCUCGGGAAUUAAACAAGGCAAGUAUGGCGUGUGUGCAUUGCUUGAAAACCAGCAACUGACUGCCUACGUUAAGUAGGAGUUGCGGCCUGAGUUGGGGUAAGGUUUGGGUGAAACUACUGAUAACCUUAAUCCUUAUUGACUUUCAAUUAGAGCAAACCCAACAAAUAUUACGUAUACUUCAUGCAGUUGUGCGUCACAAACACUCAAAUGUGCCGUUCAAACUUCGCAAAAUAAACAGCGAAAACUAUUUUGAGGCAGUUAGGAGUUUUUUUUACCAAAAGGGAUGCAUUCAUUGGUGGACGAGUGCGACCAGAUUUCGAAGCAUGCAAUUACAGCUAGUGCCAACCGAUAACUGUUUGUAUGUGUAGCCGACGUUUGUCUAGGUUCUCUUAUAAUGCGAACUUUAACGACUGCGUGGGUAUGCUGUGCCACGCCUCAGCAGACCAUGGCCCUCGCAGCCUGGUGUUCGCUUGCAGGUAUCUGGCGUCUGAUUCCGUGCCAGGGGAUGCGUUUGCGCUCCCCCUGCGUAUACAGGCCGUGUGCACAGCUGCCCAAUGACCUUGUCCGAACCGAGUAUGGCGGUAUGCCUCGAGACUGCCCCGGCCGCACCAACCGUCGCCCUUGUUUUGGUUCGAGUCAAAAUAUUGGUCAGUGCGUAUUAUUGUCCAAGUUUGUUGCUGAAUUCCCAGUUGCAGACUCUCGCCCCGCCAAUUUGUGUUCCGAGCAGUUUCCCCGUUUUCUUUUCUUGAUGUAUACGAUCGUGGUCAAGUGUUUGUCGUGGACCAGAGGGUGUGGUGGCCCGCCUAUGUGCGGGUCCGGCCGUGCCAGCCACCUGCGUCCACUUCCGUUCUCGACCUUCUUGACUAUGCCUGGACACCGCACCCAGGUAGGGAAAGAGAAAAGAGUUCAGUACGUGCUACGUAAGUCCACUACCACCAUGAACUAAUUCACGCACAAGUCAUCGUGUUUGUUCCCGCCCUGCUGUGGAACACGCGGUGGAAAUCCCCAACAACCGCGGUCGAACUGUCGUUAUAAUUCGUCCGACAGCUCCAUUACUUUAAACGCGCUUAAACAAACUAACAGUGGUGAUUGUUUGACACUUAAUGUGACGCGUUAUAGCGGCGAAGGCUUAUAUGCUUUCAGUGUGCCACAACAGUACUUAGGGCACGUCAAUUUAUUGACUGUGCCCUAAGUGAAUUAAAGAGCAAUAGAUAGAUACAUAACCAGCAAAAACCCGAGGGAAUAAAGCACUGCCUUCCGAGCCGUUUGUCGUCGGAAGCCAUUCGCACGCAAAUCAAAGGCGGAUAAACCAUAAAUUGGUAUUCAGAAGCGGUAAUCAUUUUGUACUACCGAUUGACGAUAUGGUGUGCCGGUCGCUCUAUCGCAACAGAUGGGCAGUGCACUACUUGCGUAGAGGCCAAUCAACAACAACAAUACAAACAAUUCCGUCGUCUCGGCCCGAGCGCUAUCACUGAUAUCCAAACAGAGGGAAAAAGGAAUUUUCACCACGUACUUGAACGAACUGGCUGAGAGAAUUCCUCCCAAUGAUUAGUUGUCUGGAACUAGAAUAGCCGAAACGAACCAGGUGACUCUUCGAGCAAUCGUCUCAUUGAGCGCGUUAGUCAUGCCUCCAAAUGCCAAAAUGCGGAAUGCUAUUCCUUGCUGAAGGAAACCGCCUACUCCCUACCAACACGUGCUUCCGGCAUCGUCGAAGACCCCCACCGACCUGGCGUUCAAAGACUGCUCGUGUGGCCAGGCUGCCUUACUGCAGUUGAGACAGAUCAUGAUUUCGCAGCUAAUAUUUACGACGGCAGAUCAAUGUCUGGUGCCGAGUCUGACCACAACUUCCGACUAGAACCCUGUUCAUUCCCAAACACACCUGCAACAUUCCCUCUCGAAUGAGUCCAAAAGGAAUCGUAAAAGACGCAUCAGUGUCGCAAAUCUACAAGAACCCGAAACUGUCGAAGUCCUCAGCACAGAAACGCAGUCUUGCUCCGCUGUCCGACUCAAAAAAGGAGGUAGCAGCAAAUUGCCACCAUUGAAGUACCUAGCCUGAGAGACAUCCGAGGAAACCCUCAGAUUCAUUCACUGGCGCCGCAAUGGCUAGACCGGUGAAAAAGUUCUACAGUCGUCUGUCCAGUAUGAGUACACUAAGCACCACUUCCGCUUCCAUGAGAAGCACAUCGUCUCCUGGCUUUCAUCUGCAGCAGUCUCACUCCUCCCCAGUUGGCUUAACAACGAGCAACUGCCCUCCACAGGGAACAGGCAUCGAUGCAACACAGACACAGCGCAACGGCAAGUGGUCCAGAGAGGACGGCAUGGCUGAUAAAGUCUAUGAGUCUUGUUUCGACACUCUGGCGCUCCUGCUUCCUGGGGCUAUUGAACAACCAUAG